AUGUCCCUAUUUCCCAUCUCACACUCUGAAUUAUCAUCAGAACCGUGAAAAAGCGACAUUUCCUCAAUUCAGCAAGAAAUUGAAUAUCUCCAGUCUUGCAAACUAGACAUAGACAAGCAACUAGAAAAGCACAACACAGAAAUUCAAAUUCACCAACAUGAAGCUGAAGGCAUUGCUGAAGAAAUUGAAAGCCUUGAAAAAAUGAUUUCAGACCUUGAGACUGAUUUACCAGAAAAUGAAAUUAAAUCGUUACGAGACCAGCUUGCAAAGCUCCAAGAAGAAGAUAGUCAAAUCUCUGCAGAACUCAAACAAAAAGAAAAUUCAAUAAAAUCGAAUAAGGAAAAAGAGAUCGCGCUACAGCAAGAAACGACUAUUUUGCUUAUACUGGUAUAAAUUAAUAGAAAAUUAACAAAAAAUAGCAUUAUAAGUAUUGCAAAUGAUAGGUAUUUAAUUAUUUAGGUAUAAAACUUUAGAAACUAAAAUGAGGGAAUAUAUAAGCAACCAAGGCAUUUUAAAAUAUCAAGAAGAAAUCCACAAAAAAGACCAAGAAAUAAUUACCCAAAAACAAGAAGAAAUACGGAGAAUGGAAGAAUAUGUAAAAUCGCAGGAGAGUUUGCUUUUACAAUUAGAAGAAGAGCUGGAUAAAGAAAAAAGAAUUGCAAAUGAAAGAGAGCUUGAGCUGCAGCUAUGUGUGGAAGAAAAAGAAAAGAAAAUAAAGGAUGUGCAGGAAUUGCUAGAAAAAAGAAAUGAGAUAGAAAAGAGUGAUUAUCCAAAAAGAUAUGAAAAUGAGAGAAGGGGAUAUGGAGAAAGAAAUCAAGAUUAUGAAGAAAGAAAUGUGCAAAUGAUAACCCCAUUUAAAUCAGGGAUAAGAACAAAGGAUUUCUUGCAAGAAAGCACUCCAAGCCCUGCUAAGAGAGAAGAGUUUACUUUUCUUUGCAGAAAAUAGGAUAAUAUUUUUUAAUUUUUAUUGUUUUGCUUUAGUCCAGCUAUCCUUGAUCGAACGAUUCUAUUGAAAAAUUCCUAAAAAUUGGAAAAUUAAACCCAUCCUUGAUCGAACGAUUUUCAUAUUUUUAUAUAUAAUAAAUCAAUAGAUUUUUUAAUAUUUAUUAUAAUUUAUGAAAUUAAUAGUUUGCAUUGUCAAAUUAAAAGUAAUUUACGUGCUUUCUUAAUAAUCUGCACGGAAUUAAUCAUUCGAAGUGCAUUAGCCAUCAACCUGGCCUCAAAAGCUUAAUAAUCUAAAAUUUUUAGAAUAGUUAUAAAUAUUAAUAAGUAACAGAAAGAAUUUAUUGAGUCAAAGGGGUCAUCAAAAUUUUUAAAUCAACACAAAUUUUACCCUCUUAUUUAAAAGCACACUAAAAAAUAAAAAUAAUAUAUAUUAUAUAUAAUUUUUUCCGAAAAUUUUUUUUGAUCUCCAUCCAUGAUCGAACGAUAGGGGUGUUCGAUCAAGGAUGGGAGAGUUAUAGUUUUUUAAAAUAUAUUUUUUUAGAGGAGAGCUAGCCGAAGAUCGCCGUUGGCCAAAAAUUUUUAA